UCCUCCCUCCAGUUGCCCUGGCCAGUUGUAAUAAACAUCUGAGAAGAGAGCACAGAAGUCUGUGUGUGGUUUGGAUUGGCAGUGGUAGAGAGGGGUCACAAAGACACGGUGGUGUUUGUUCUCGUCCCUGCUGGUCGGGGUACGAGUAGGGAGCUGGUCUCCCCAAACAGAUCCAUCCAGAACUUUGUCUUCUGACCAUUUCUAAUACAGGACAAUGAGCAAAUUGCAGCUGGCUAUGGAGGAUUAUCAGGGAUCCACCAGACGUGACUUGGUGGUGGAGGUGCAGGGAUAUGUUAAGGAGUUUACACGCCACUCCAAUGAUGUUCUGCUCAAUUUAAAUGAGUUACGGCAUCGCAACAUCCUGACUGAUGCCACACUUCUGGUGGGCAGUGCCAGGCUGCACGCCCACUGUGCAGUGCUCAUAGCAUGCAGUGGCUUCUUCUAUUCCUUGUUCUCCCGCCACAAGACUAGUGCUGUGGGAGAAAGAGGGGUUUCCCUGUCUCUGCCAGAGGGGCUAGAUGCGGGUAGUGUGGCAUUGCUGCUGGACUUCAUGUACACCUCCCGCCUUCCUCUCAGCCCUGGCACUGCUCCUGGUGUGCUCGCCGCUGCCACCUACCUGCAGAUGGAGCAUGUUGCUGACACCUGCCGAGCUUUUUUACAGAAGAGUGAAAAAGUCUGUGUAAGCCCUCCUCUGGUGGACCUGGCAUCCAGAAACACCCAUGUGAGUUUCACAGUGAGCCCUGGUGGCAGAUCACCCCCAGCCCAUCCCUCUUUUUCCUCUUCCCCUUCUAGACCUGCAGUGGACAUGGAGGAGCCCCGCCCUGCCCGAGCCAGGGUUCCUGGAGAGAGCUCGUCCUCAGUAGAGCCAGUGACAUGGCAAAGUCCUGCUCCCAGCUCUGAAUCAUCAGCCCUAUCUCCAAACACUCCAUCUCCAGGCAGUCCCUGUCAGUCCAGAGGUCAGCCUAACUCACCGGCUGAGUCCAGUGGUUGUAGUGUUUCCCCUAAACUAAAGCCACGUUCUGAAUCCAGACCUACCCCUGACCCUAAGGCCUGUAACUGGAAGAAAUACAAAUAUAUUGUCUUGAACCCUCUCUGUGCUACACCCAUUAAAGAGGAAGGUCCAGGGGAGGAGCCGCACACUUUUGACCACUCCUCCUCUAGUGAUAGGGCAGACGUAACACCCAAACUGUCCGAUGAGGCAUGGUCAACUGCUGGACAUGGGCUGAAUGAUAUACAAACGCCCUUCACAGCCUACCAUGGACUCUCACCACACACAGCAGACACAUACAAGGGACCACCAGCAGCUGUUGCCCGGGAUAACAGAGACCUCUGCUCUCUGUAUCAGCGCCCAUGUCCCCCUGUGUUAGAUGGCACCAAACAGAAUGCCCAUCCUUUUGGGAAGCUUCCAGUCAAGCUUGAGAAUCACUCCCCAGUGAUUUGUUAUUCAGGAAAUCAAGGGAGCACAAAGCCUAUCUGCUCAGGAGAAAAGCCAUAUCGCUGUAAUGUGUGUGGGGCGCAGUUUAAUCGUCCGGCCAAUUUGAAGACCCACUCCCGCAUUCACUCAGGAGAGAAGCCGUAUCGCUGUGACACCUGUGGUGCUCGAUUUGUCCAGGUGGCUCACCUGCGUGCCCAUGUUCUGAUCCACACUGGGGAGAAGCCGUACCCAUGUCACACCUGUGGAACACGUUUCCGUCACCUGCAGACGCUGAAGAGCCACCUGCGCAUUCAUACAGGGGAGAAACCAUACAGCUGUGAGAAGUGUGAUCUGCGUUUCCGUCAUAAGAGCCAGCUGAGGCUACAUCUGAGGCAGAAGCAUGGCGCUGUUACCAACACCAAGAUCCGCUAUAAAGUCCUGGCCGACCCAUACCAGCCUGGACCAGCCAUACUGCAGGCCUCCUGAAGGAUCUAAUACAAUACUCACCCGUUUUACAAUGUCCUGUUGUACCCUGGAAAGGUUUAGGGUCUGAUAUAAUCUCUUCUAGUAUUCCAAUUAAGUUUAUUAUACUCACAUAAUUCCCAGGUUAGCACUCUGUAACUUCUGAUAUUGGCAAAGGCUUACAAAAUUGCUCCAUAUGAAGAGAAAGGCAUGGAAACUACUACUAGGCUUUUAUGCUUGUUUUACAAAAUGAGGUGGAGUGUUGCAUUCCUGGAAAGCAUAUAUACAUCAGAACAGACAAACACCUUCCAGAAAUGCUGUUCUCCUGCACUAGACGUGCUGACUUUUAUUAAUUAUCAUGCUUUUCUACUUUAUUAUUUAUUUGCCUGGCUCAGCGUUCUCUUUCUCACUUGGUUUUUAAAUAUAUAUAUAUUUGGAAAAAGACAGGGACAGCACAUUUUAAAAAAAGAACAAAAAUGAUAGAAAUAUUAGUUUCUGAUACAUCUCUCAAAAAAUUAUUAAAUUAAUAUUACUGUUAAUCAACAGUAAACUUCCAGUUAUCUACAGCUGUCUCUUGGAGUAACAUAACUAUGAGUAAUAUUUCAUUUCAGUAGAUACUAAUUCCUAAAGCAAUGUAAAUGGUUUGUGGAGGGGUGUGUUAGGAGUUUAGAUGCAUAACAAAGAAGUACAAGUAAAGUUGGGUAAGAAAUGAAUAUCAUUUUUUUAAAAAAUGGGUGAGAUCUUGAAAAGCGAAUUGAUGGAAAGGAAAAGUGUGAUGAAGCGAUGUGUAUGUUUGAGAAGGAUAAAGAAAGAGAGUUUGAUUGAGAUAAUGUGAAAUUGUAUCAUUUUGUCUGUGAAGUGGAAGAACGUCUAUGCAAGUAGGAAAAGCUAUGCUUAUGGGAAUUAGUCAUAUUUGGAUUCAUAUUUGGUAUAGACUCGUUUGUUUUCUUUUUCUUUUUGAGUAAGAGAACAAUUUUUGGUUGGCUGUAUCUCAGUAAAUCAGUGGCUGUCAUGUUCUCAUACUUAGUGCAUGUGAGAAUGACAGCCUAAACAUGUAAUUUUCUAGUUACUUACGCACUAACAAUUCUUUUGCCCUACUAAUCUAAAAAGGCCUGGAGCCUAUUUAUUUAGUAACUCUACUAUUACUAUAAAUGCUGUCUUGAAUCCUGGAUUUGGUAGGAACUAUAAUUUUGAUUGAAGGAAACGUAUAUUUUGUUGAUGGUGUUGAUAGUCUAGGAGUCCAAGCAGGCCAAGGACUCAAAUAAGCCAGACAGAAUAAAUGUAAAGGUUGAUGCUGUGGAUGAAGAUAUUAUUGAGUUUGUCAAAUCUAAAGUUCUUUUGCUGGACAAAGACAAGACUUAUUUUAUAUAAAUUAAAACUAAAUUAAUUUCUUUUAAUUGGAAA